GCAGUUGUAACUCCACCUCCUCUGUACAGAUGAUCAGUGCAGAGGCUCCGGUCCUGUUUGCCAAGGCAGCACAGAUCUUCAUCACAGAGCUCACCCUCAGAGCAUGGAUCCACACCGAGGACAACAAGAGACGCACGUUACAGAGGAAUGACAUUGCUAUGGCGAUAACAAAGUUUGACCAGUUCGACUUCUUGAUUGACAUUGUGCCCCGGGACGACCUGAAGCCACCUAAAAGACAGGAGGAGAUGCGUCAGUCUGUAGCUCCUGCAGAGCCGGUGCAGUACUACUUCACUCUGGCGCAGCAGCCUGGAGCCGUGCAGGUUCAGGGAGCUCAGCAGGGCCAGCAGCCCGGGGGACAAACCACCAUCCAGCCCGGACAGAUCAUCAUCGCUCAGCCACAGCAAGGACAGAUGCUGCAGGGUGCCACCAUGCAGCAGUUGCAGCAAGUGCAGAUGCUGCAAGGUGCCACCAUGCAACAGUUACAGCAAGUGCAGGUGCAGUCACAAGGCACACCCAUCACGAGUGCACCUGUAGCCAUGCAGGUGGGUGAGGGCCAACAGCUACAGAUUGUCCAAGCCCAGGGUCAAGCUCAGCAAGGCCAAGGCCAGGGCCAAACCAUGCAGGUCAUGCAGCAGAUCAUCACCAACACAGGAGAGAUCCAGCAAAUUCCGGUGCAACUAAACACAGGCCAGCUGCAAUACAUCCGUCUAGCCCAGCCUGUGUCCGGAGCGCAAGUGGUUCAAGGACAGAUUCAGACUCUCGCCAAUGCCCAGCAGCUCACACAGGCAGAUGUACAAGGACAGCAGCAAUUCAAUCAGUUCACUGAUGGACAGCAGUUGUAUCAGAUCCAGCAGGUGACGAUGCCGGCAGGACAGGAGCUGAGCCAGCCGAUGUUCAUCCAGUCCACCAACCAGACGGUCGACGCUCAGGUCACACAGGUCAGCACAGACUGAGCCCAACCAGGAACCUUUUCUCCACACACACAACAUGCAUACCAGACCAUGUGAUGCCGCCAGAUGACACCAACUUGGACAAAGGACACUUUAAAAUUUCAAGCACUUCUCUUGCAGAAGAGAGACAUGAAACUUUCUUUGCUUUUGUAAUACAUUUAGGAUUAAAACACACAAAAGGGAUGGCUAGACACAGGUGUACAUUCACCUACAUCUGUAGAUAAAAUAAGCAUCCACUGCCACGGAAAAAGUCUACACGGAUCUAUCACCUAUUCUUCCUCUUAUCUCAUGUCCAAACCUCAAAGACAACCUGCUCCAGGCAUCACUGUGGGAUUCUUCUUUCCUUCUGGGAAACCACGAGUAAUACUUUCUUGUUUUCCAUGUAGUUGACGGAUACAUUGAUGCCAUUUACCUCAGAUAUCACUUUCUACAACAGUCAAUCCAAGAGAUCUUGAGAAGAGGUUAUAGGGUUCAAUGAUACAUUUAGUUUCUCUUUUGUGUUGUACUCCUCAUUGACGAUGAAGCAAGACUUUAUGUUUUAAGGGCUUCAAUCCGUAGGUUAAUUUAGUAUUUGUGCUUUUAUUUCAAGAAGCCAAACAACAGUCAUCAUUACUCCUCUGUGUUUCUCCUUACUUCCCCCUGUUGACUUUAGAGCGGGGAAUCUCUUCUCUGCCUCUACGCAGUUUCACACAACUUUCUCUGCCCGGCUGGUUGUAAAGUCUUUUGCCCUCGUUUAAGUCUCAUGUACAAACACAUGACUCCGUCUGGAGCCAAAAACCUUUUUAUAAAACCUUUUUUUCUUUACAAUUAAUUUUCUUUUGGUUUUGAGAUGAUGUUUUGUCGCAUAUCUUCCCCCUAUUAUUUUUUGUACAGUAAUGAUUAUUAUGAGUGUUCUUAUAAUUGUUGUUUUCGCAUGUAGUUCAAACUGCCAGCAUGACAUGCAAUAGAUGGGUACAAUAUUUUUUUUUGAUGUUCCUUUUUGUAAGCAAAAUGUGUUUGUGAGAAAAAAAAUAAAAAACAUAACUUGUC